AAAGAAGGAGAGAAGAAGAAAGACGGAACCGGAUAUACCUAUACCGGUAGCGGAGAAAGAAUGGAGGUAGAUAAAGCAAAGUUCCGCACGGAGGGACGAUGCUACCGAUGUGGAGAAAAGGGACAUAGAAGCUUCGAGUGCAAAGACGCACAAAAAAGGAAGCCACAAUUUAAUGGUUUUUAA